GUUCACUGAAAUCUCGCGAGAGCCAAUGUGAGAGUGCGCUCGGCCGGAAGUGGAUAUUCGUGUUUGUGCUCUCCGUGAUUAUAUUGAGAAGUCGCUGUUGUGUGACCGGGCUGGAGAUUUGUGUCUCCAUCUCCCGGGCAACAUGAGCUUCCUCUUCAGCAGUCGAUCCUCAAAAACCUUUAAACCGAAGAAGAACAUCCCGGAGGGGUCGCACCAAUACGAGCUGCUCAAACAUGCAGAGGCCACGCUGGGAAGCGGCAACCUUAGGCAAGCCGUGAUGCUGCCCGAAGGAGAGGAUCUCAAUGAGUGGAUCGCAGUUAAUACUGUGGAUUUCUUCAAUCAGAUUAACAUGCUGUAUGGAACAAUAACGGAAUUCUGCUCUGAAUCCACAUGCUCAGUCAUGUCAGCUGGACCCAGAUAUGAAUACCACUGGGCAGAUGGCACCAAUAUAAAGAAGCCCAUCAAGUGUUCUGCACCAAAAUAUAUCGAUUAUUUGAUGACUUGGGUUCAGGACCAACUUGAUGAUGAGACGCUUUUCCCUUCAAAAAUCGGUGUUCCUUUCCCUAAGAACUUCAUGUCUGUGGCAAAGACUAUCCUGAAGCGGCUGUUCCGAGUUUAUGCCCAUAUUUACCACCAGCACUUUGACGCUGUGAUGCAGCUACAGGAGGAAGCUCAUCUCAACACUUCAUUUAAGCAUUUCAUUUUUUUUGUACAGGAAUUUAAUCUGAUUGACCGCAGAGAGCUGGCUCCUCUUCAGGAACUCAUUGAAAAGCUGGGAUCCAAAGAUAGAUAGAAUUUUAUUUUCAGCUGAGAUAAAUCCCAUUCUUCCUGUGAAACCAUUGGCUACCUGAAGGGAAACCCUGAUGCCACUAUUGAGGGGAGAGUAUUCACUGAAGAUUUUUCACUUUAUUUUUUAAUAUGAAAACUUCAAGUGAUAAAUUGCCUUGCAUUAUUAUUAUUAUUGUACACGUUCAUAGAAAUGCUGUACCUUGUGGAAUUUCGGUCUCAUUCACGUUUGCUGUUUUGAUUAUACUGGAAAAUCGUUAGAGUUCCACUGUUCUCCUCGCUGCAAAGGUGCCAGAUAUGCCAAUAGCAUUUGAUAUUCAAAGUAACUGUGCAGCCUAAUUUAAUUUAAUUUCCACAGGUUUGUUUUUCAUCUUGUGCUGAUCAUUAUGCUCAGCUGGGUUUGUGCUGUAUUCCAAGACUUCGCUAGCAGUGGAAAAACGGACUCUUUAAAAGGCUGGGUGGGGAAAUGCUAUGCAAAUCAUUUCUCUAAGAUCUUUAUAGUAGUUGCAAUAAUUUUAAUUGUGUGUUGUUCACUGCCACUUAUGGGUGAAUCACUGUGAUUAUCAGCUUUUGUUUUUAGGUCUAAUACUCAUCCGGCUGCAUUCAUAUGCAUUUGUUUUAUAUACCCUAACUGAGUUGGGUAGGUAUAAUCAUAUGUUUUUUUUUUUCUCUAUAUAUGUACUACAGGUAUGGGCCCUAUUAUUCAGAAUCCUUGGGACUUGAGGCUUUCCAGAUAACUGGUCUUUCAGUAAUUUGGAUCUACACACCUUAAAGGACCAGUAACAUCAAUUUAUUUUAUUAAAAAAUUUAGCUAGCGUAGAAGGAAAAAAAAACCAGACAUAUUAAACUUUUAAAUCGCUAAGUCUUUAUUAAGAAAUAACAUACUGCAACUCCGCUUGUGCUCCUCUUCAGAAACGGUGAUCCGUCGUUCGGCGAUCAAUUUCUCCUCCUGCUUUUCUUAUAGGAUAUAGCCAGGGAGGAGAAAUCGAGCGCCGCACGAUGGAUUAUCGCUGUGUCGUCUUUUCUGAAGAGUGCAAGCAGAGUUUCGGUACGUUAUUUCUUAAUAAAGACUUGGCGAUUUAAAAGUUUAAUAUGUCGUGUUUCUUUUCGUUCUACACAAAUGAAUUUUUUAAUAAAAAAAAUUGAUGUUACUGGUCCUUUAAAGGAGAAUCAAACCCAAAAUCUAUAAAAAAAAAAAAAAAAAUCCUACCCUACAUAGACUCCUCCCUCCUCUCCCCCAGCCUAGCUGCUACCCCGGGCAAAUGCCCCUAACUCUUUACUUACCCCUCCGUGCAGAUUCUGUCCAGCGGAGUUCACGGGCGCCAUCUUCUUCUCUUCAGUAAUCUUCGGAAUGACGCUGGAGUAAAAUUGCCCAAGCGGCUGAAGAUGGCACCCAUGAACUCUGAUGCCUGAAUCUGCACCGAGGGGUAAGCAAAAAUUAGGGGCAUUUACCUGGGGUACCACUUAUGCUGGAGGGGGGUCUAUGUAGGGUAGGGUUUUUUUAACUUUUGUUUGCUUCUCCUUUAAGGCUACUAGAAAAUCAUAUAAACUAUUGAUGGGCAGGAUGGAGAAUUUCUCGACCCGCGCCCGCCCCUAACUCGCCCCAUCCCAAACCACACCCGGCCUGCUCCUGUCCUCUUUUUAUAGACCACCCCCGUCGCGCAAGGAUUGCACAAAAGGGGUGGGGGCAGGCGAAAGUCAUUAAUUCUGGAGCCGGACGUACUAAGUCACGACCAGGAGAUUUUGUGCAGGAGUCAGCCCGACCCGUGGGUAAACCCGCAAGUUUCGGGUCAGCCCGCACAUCACUAAUAUAAACAUUAAAUAAACCCAAUAGGCUGGUUUUGCUUCCAAUAAGGAUUAAUUAUAUCUUAGUGUGGAUCAAGUACAAGGUACUGUUUAAUUAUUACAGAGAAAAAUGAAAUCAUUUUUAAAAAUUUGGAUUAUUUGAUCAUAAUGGAGUCUAUGGGAGACGGCCUUUCCGUAAUGUAUAACGGGUUUCCGGAUAAUGGAUCCCAUACCUGUUUGUAGAAACCUUCUUUCAUACAUUGUAUUCAGUAAAACUAGACUAUUUUUAAGAAACAGAAUAUAUAUUUUUAUAAAUAGGAAAGUAGUAUUUGCUAGAAAAAAAAAUCUAUUCCAUGAAUGACUUUGUAUGAAAAAAAAAAAAAAUUAGUCAAAAUGCAAGAGACCUGCACACAACAGAGUGACUGAUACAAGCAACUCUUAUUGGCUUGGCUUGUUAGAAACCUUUUUAUAAUGUGGGAUGGUAGCCACAAAAACAUAUGUAGGGAUUGCCGUUUGGUUUUAGCGUAUUUUCUUUUGUGUGGUGAAAUGGGGAGGGGGCAGCAUGAAUAUUUUCCUACAUUUUAGAUGCACUUUGACUUUGCCUCAGAGCCUUAACUAAAAAAACAAACAGAUGCAAUUAGGAGGCCUCUUCUCUGUGGCUGUGCCAUUUAACAUUGUCACAAAUUGUGACAAAAUUUGGCUGUUUUUGUCCUGUAUCUAAUGGCCUUAGAGAAGGUACACUGUUAUCAAAGCAGGAUAAAACAAUGACCACUAACUUGUCAGAGAAUGGGGCAAACUCAAAUUUUUUUUUUAAAGGAAAACUAUUCCCCCCCAAACAAUGUAGGUCUCUAGAAAAAGAUAUUCCUCAUAUGUAAAAUCCUGCUUCAUGUAAAUAAAUCAUUUUUAUAAUAA